AUGGAGAGUUUAGGAGCGAGAAACCUGGCAGCGAUGGCGGUAUCGGGUUACCCGAUCGUGAGGCGCUCCAGGAAGAAGAGGCUUAGGGGCGCCGCGGGUCUAGCCGCGGCCUCUAGCGGCGUACGCGCGUCGGCGGCGCUCCGCGUCCGGUGUGGCGGCGCGAGCGCGGGGAGCGAGGGCUGCUUGGCUCUGCCGGUGAGGGAGGAUUUCGCCGACGAGGAGGAUUACGUGAAGGCGGGCGGGUCGGAGCUUUUGUUCGUGCAAAUGCAGCAGAACAAGGACAUGGAUCAGCAAUUGGCUACAGUAGCAUCUGGGGCUGCGUCGGGUAAGCUCUUGGAGUACGAGGUUGGGGGUCCAAGGGUUUCCGUGCAGACAGCCUAUGGAGUUGAGGUUGAGGUGGAAAACAGUCCGUAUGACCCCAGUCUCAUGGUUUUCAUGGACUACAGAGACUUCAUGAAACAUAAAGUAGAAUGCCUCGAAGCACAAUAUCCAACUUUUCUUUAUGCAAUGCCUAUGUCCCGAACAAGAGUUUUCUUUGAGGAAACCUGUCUGGCUUCAAAAGAUGCCAUGCCUUUCGAAUUAUUGAAAAGCAAACUCAUGUCGAGACUAGAGAAUAUGGGAGUGCGCAUUACAAGAACUUACGAAGAGGAAUGGUCUUAUAUUCCUGUUGGUGGUUCCUUGCCGAACACCGAGCAGAAGAACCUUGCCUUUGGUGCUGCUGCUAGCAUGGUCCAUCCAGCCACAGGUUAUUCGGUUGUUAGAUCAUUGUCAGAGGCUCCAAAUUAUGCGUUGGUUAUUGCAAAUAUUUUGAAACAAUCCAAUGUUCGAAACAUGGUGAUCAGUUCGAGGAUUUCAAAUAUCUCGAUGCAAGCUUGGAAUGCUCUUUGGCCAUUGGAGAGGAAAAGACAACGAGCAUUUUUUCUGUUUGGAUUAGCACUCAUAUUGCAACUGGAUAUCGAUGGCAUACGCACAUUCUUCCACUCAUUUUUCCGUUUGCCGAAAUGGAUGUCUCAAGGUUUCCUUGGCUCGACUCUAUCCUCAGUCGAUCUCUUACUGUUUGCUCUCUAUAUGUUUGUCAUAGCACCAAACGACAUGAGAAAGCGCCUCAUCAACCAUCUCUUAUCCGAUCCCACGGGCGCCAUCAUGAUAAAGACUUAUCUUACCUUGUAG